AUGGUGUUCAGGCGGAAUAGUAGCUGUGGUCAAAUAAGAGGAAAGCAGCCCACAUAACUGGCACACGUCCAGUUUAACUAGACUACGUACCUAAAUCCCAUAAGAAGAAGCUACAGACGACCAUCUAGCCAGCCAAUAUGAUGUGGUCCAUGCAACUGUUUUUGCUUCUGGGCUCCAUAAAUGUCACUACUGGAAUCAGAUUGGUCAAUGGAGACUCUUGUUCUGGACAAGUAGAGGUUCUUUAUAAUGGAAUAUGGGGAACAGUGUGUGAUGAUGGCUGGGAUCUAACAGACGCUGCAGUGGUGUGUAGAGAGAUGGGCUGUGGGAAUGCGAUCGAGGCAAAGAGUGUUGCUUAUUUUGGGCAAGGAUCAGGACAAAUAUGGAUGGAUGAUGUAAACUGUGAUGGCACAGAGUCCUCACUGAAGAACUGUAAGACAAAUGGAUGGGGAACACAUAACUGUGGACAUCACGAAGAUGCUGGAGUCAUCUGCAACUCUGUCAGGUUGGUGAAUGGCAUCAACUCUUGUUCUGGAAGAGUGGAGGUUCUUCAUAAUGGAAUAUGGGGAACAGUGUGUGAUGAUGGCUGGGAUCUAACAGACGCUGCAGUGGUGUGUAGAGAGAUGGGCUGUGGGGAUGUGAUCGAGGUGAAGAGUGCUGCUUCUUUUGGCCAGGGAUCAGGAACGAUAUGGAUGGAUGAUGUACAAUGUACUGGAAAUGAAUUUACCCUGAAAAGCUGUUCUUCAAAUGGAUGGGGAAUACACAACUGUAACCAUCAACACGAUGCUGGAGUCAUCUGCCAGUCUGUCAGCUUGGUGAAUGGAGACAACAAGUGCUCUGGACGAGUGGAGGUUCUCCGUGGCGGUCAGUGGGGAACAGUGUGUGAUGAUGGCUGGGAUCUAACAGAUGCUGCAGUGGUGUGUAGAGAGAUGGGCUGUGGGAAUGUGAUUGAAGCAAAGAGUGAAGCUUAUUUUGGACAAGGAUCAGGACCAAUAUGGAUGGAUGAUGUGAAUUGCGCUGGCACGGAGUCCUCACUGAUUAACUGUAGGACAAGUGGAAUAAAUGACUGUAGACAUUUUGAAGAUGCUGGAGUCAUCUGCAGCUCUGUCAGGUUGGUGAAUGGCAAUGACUUUUGUUCUGGAAGAGUGGAGGUUCUUCAUGACGGUCAGUGGGGAACAGUGUGUGAUGAUGGCUGGGAUCUAUCAGACGCUGCAGUGGUGUGUAGAGAGACGGGGUGUGGGGAUGCUAUAGAGGCAAAAAGUGCUGCUUAUUUUGGCCAGGGAUCAGGACCAAUAUGGAUGGAUGAUGUACAAUGUGCUGGGAAUGAAUCUACACUGAAAACCUGUUCAUCAAAUGGAUGGGGAAUACACAACUGUAACCAUCCACAAGAUGCUGGAGUCAUCUGUAAACACAAUAUCAGACUGAUAAAUGGCACUAACUCCUGUUCUGGACGAGUGGAGGUUCUCCGUGGUGGUCAGUGGGGAACAGUGUGUGAUGAUGGCUGGGAUCUAACAGACGCUGCAGUGGUGUGUAGAGAGAUGGGCUGUGGGAAUGCGAUCGAGGCAAAGAGUGCUGCUUAUUUCGGCCAGGGAUCAGGACCAAUAUGGAUGGAUGAUGUGAAUUGUACUGGCACUGAGUCUUCACUGAUGAACUGUAGGACAGGUGGAUGGGGAACACAUAACUGCCACCAUUCCCACGAUUCUGGGGUCAUUUGUAACUUAACUGUCAGGUUGGUAAAUGGUGACAACUCCUGUUCUGGACGAGUGGAGGUUCUUCAUAAUGGAAUAUGGGGAACAGUGUGUGAUGAUGGCUGGGAUCUAACAGACGCUGCAGUGGUGUGUAGAGAGAUGGGCUGUGGGAAUGCGAUCGAGGCAAAGAGUGUUGCUUAUUUGGGCCAGGGAUCAGGACAAAUAUGGAUGGAUGAUGUGAAUUGUACUGGCACUGAGUCUUCACUGAUGAACUUAACUGUCAGGUUGGUAAAUGGUGACAACUCCUGUUCUGGGCGAGUGGAGGUUCUUCGUGACGGUCAGUGGGGAACAGUGUGUGAUGAUGGCUGGAAUCUAACAGACGCUGCAGUGGUGUUGGUGUGUAGAGAGAUAGGAUGUUAGGAUGUGACAGAGGUAAAGAGUGCUGCUUAUUUUAGACAAGGAUCAGGACCAGUAUGGAUGAACAAUGUGAGUUGUAAUGGAACAGAGUCUACACUGAAGAACUGUGUAUUAAGCGGAAGAGUUCGACAAAACUGCAGCCAUGAAAAAUAUGCUGGUGUUAUCUGUGGACCCAAACUUCGACUGCAGAAUGGUUCCAGCUCUUGCUCUGGAAGAGUGGAGGUUCUUCAUAAUGGAAUAUGGGGAACAGUGUGUGAUGAUGGCUGGGAUCUAUCAGACGCUGCAGUGGUGUGUAGAGAGAUGGGCUGUGGGGAUGCUAUAGAGGCAAGAAAAGGUGCUUUUUUUGGGAAUGGCUCAGGACCAAUAUGGAUGAAUAAUGUAAAUUGUUAUGGAAAUGAGCAAACUCUAAAGAUAUGUAGAUCUCCUGGAUGGGACAUACAGAACUGCAAUCAUUAUAAAGAUGCUGGAGUCAUCUGCCAAUACAGCUAUACCUAUAUCAAUGAUUCAAAAAGUUGGAUUGAUGCACUAGGAUACUGCAAAACUCACCACCAGACACUGGCGCACAUUUUAAAUGCCAUGGCACACGAGUACAUCACACAGAUGCUGCAGGAUAAAGCAAUCACUGAUGGAGUGUGGAUCGGGCUUGAACGGAGUAUGCUCUUCACUUGUUCGCCCUGGCUGUGGACCAGUGGGCCGUAUGUGAAGUAUGCAUCAUGGCAUCAAGAGUUUCCAAAGCACCCAGUGAGCAUGUUUUGUGGAAAACUUCUUAAGGAAGAACAGGACAGGUUUGGAUGGAUGGAUGCUUGCUGCCAUGAGCGCCUGCCUUUCAUCUGUCAGGGAUGA